AUAUCCAAUCAGCAAUUAGCUUACAAAACCUUAGUUCGGAGGAAAAAUUGUGUCAAGUCUCGGGGACGUUAUAAAUUUACCGGUUAAACAAUACUGUAAAUAUAGUCGAUACUGUUCAGAGGAAGAACGAUUUUAAUAAAUCCAAUCUCCGAUCACUCAAAAAGCUCGGAUGAAGCAGUGUGGAAAGUGCAACAAAACCGUAUAUCCAACGGAGGAACUGAAAUGCCUCGACAAGGUAUCAAUCGUUGUCUUCCAUUCUGUUAUCUAAGGAUUAUGUUUUCUUAAUUAGUGUAAAAGAGAAAUAUGAAACCUUUUGUACAAUACUGCCACACCCAGUCAGUGGGUGUGAAAAUUUAACGAUAGGUAAUAUUGAUAACAAAUUUUACCACUUUUUUCGGUAGAUAUGGCACAAAGGUUGCUUCAAGUGUCAAGAAUGCAACAUGACGCUAAAUAUGAAGAACUACAAGGGAUUCAAUAAAAUGCCCUAUUGUAACGCACAUUAUCCUUCCUUGAGGGCAACCCAGGUUGCUGACACACCAGAACAGAGACGUCUUGCUGAAAAUACAAGAAAUCAGAGCUUGAUUGUGUAUCACAAGGAUUUUGAAGAGAAUAAAAAGAAGUUUACUGUCGUCUCCGAUGAUCCAGAAAUGAGAAGAAACAUGGAGAACACAAACAAAUUCAGCCAGAUAAAAUAUGGUGCUGACAGAGAACAAUUAAAAGGAAGGAUGAUAGCUGUGUCAGACGGUCCAGAGUUAAGGAGAAUAAGGCAAAAUACGGCUAAUAUUAGUCAGGCUGAAUACAGAGGAGUUAAGGGCCAACGUGAAAUUCAAGAAAGUGCAAGAAAUCUCGUCCCUCAAACAGUUCGCCAGGGAAGUUUAGGAUCAGAUGACGAGGAACCACCUGAAAGACCAUCGAUACCAGGCAUUGGCGGAUUCAGCUACGCAGCUCCUGAAGCUAGGAAUAUAGGAAGAAUAUCCGAAUAUACUCCUGAUAGAUACGGCGCUCAAGAAUGGCAAGAAACUGUUCCUGCUCCAAGUGCUGUACAUCAACAACCUCAACAUGGCAAUUACCACGGCUCUUAUCAGAGUAAUCCGACUCGGCUACCUGGAAUGGAGAAGAAUCAUUCAGAACCUCGUGCAACCAUGAACGUUGGAGGAUCUCUGGAGCUUAACUUGCAACAACCACUUCCACCAACACAGCCUCAAAUUAAUCCUGAAUUUCUUGAUAAGCCAGCAGACUUUCUUGAUACUAUGGAUGUGGAAAUAUCGUCGUACCGAUUUCAAGCACUAUACGACUAUGAUGCCCAGGAUGAUGAUGAAGUUAGUUUUAAAGAGGACGACUACAUAGUAGACUGCCAAAAAGUCGAUCAGGAUAUUCCAAGGUUGGUGGACUGGAACUGUGGAGAAGAGUGGUCAGAAGGGCAUGCUGCCAUCGAAUUACGUGAAACUGGUCUAUUAACGAAGAUAUACGUAAGACGAAAACAUGACGAUCCGUACGGAAAUCAGGACGAAAAUGCUGAUUAG